UUAAGUAUAUGCGCAUACACACAAUAAACUUAUGACGCUGCGCUGUUUUUGCGCGUAAUUGAAUAAAUUCUUUUGAAAAUUGUCAAUUAAAUAAAAACCGUAGCGGUCGCCUGAUGCCAGAAGCAGUCACAGUUAUUGCGUAUUCGUUAGCGGAUCACGCACGCAGAUACAGCAUCGUCAUAGCCGCACACGCAACUGUUGGGCACAAAAAAAAAAAUCGAAGUUAACAAAAACGAUUAAAUAGUGAAAGUGUGAAUAAUUAAAUAACAAAAACAAAAAAAAAGAAAUUGCCAAAAACCAAAAUAAACAAUGAAAAAUAUUGUGUUUAUUUUCGCAGCAGCGUUGCUGUGCUUCUGUGCCACCACUGCACGCGCCGAUCUACUCGAUUGCAAUGAGAAAAUCCUACCGUCUUUGUCAGAUGUGCCUGUCAUUGGACCAAAAGUGGCCAGCUCCGAGGACAGUGCUGAGCAUCAAGUACGCGAUUUCUUCAAAAACGUUGGCUGUCAAAUAAAGAAAGGCGCUGCAAAGGUUUCCGAACAGGCCAAAAAGUUGGGCACCGAACUGAAGGAGGGCGCAAAGAAAUUCGGUGAUAAGGCGAAGGAUCUAGGCUCUGAUCUAAAGGAUAAGUUUGGCGAUUUCAAGGAUAAAUUUUCGAGCGACUCUGUAGAGGAGGAGCGCACAUCGCAUGGCCUAUUGCGCAAUGUGGAAAUCAUAAAUCCAGAUUUGCUGAAAGCUGAACAACAAUGCGGCCAUGGACACAUUUUGGAUGCAUUGGGCAAU